AUGAAGACCCAAACCUUUAUCGUCGCCCUCCUCGCUGCCGCCGCAGAGGCAGCACUGGUCCGCAUCCCCAGACAGGCCAACAACGGCACAGCCUCAGCAGGCGGCGCCACGGGAGGUGCGGCGGCAGGCGGCGCAGACUUCGGCUCCUGCACGCCGACCAUGGACUUCCAGACGGGCCGCGCCGAGUUCAACCGCAAGGCCGACGAGGGCACCUUCUUCCCCACCGAUGCCACCCUCGUCGGCAACAGCGGCCAGAGCGACGCCCUCAACCCAAACAUCAUCACCAACUUCAUCUGCGACCAGCUGACCAACGUCUGCGGCGCCAACGACGCCGCCGUCUCCCAGUGCGAGGACGCCCAGGCCCAGGUCGAGGGCCUGGGCACCAAGGACCAGAGCACCGCCGACGCGUUCAACUCUGCCCUGGGCUUCUAA